AUGGAAAUCUUUCUUAAUUUGGGUUUCUUCCAUUCCGCUCAACGAAAAAGGCUGGAAAGAAACUUUCAAAAAGCUUACAAUACCAAAGCAAGGUUUGGACCUGAAAUGAGCAUCAAACGCGUCGACACCGAUCAUCUUGAAGACGUAACAUCCCGCAGAAUGGUUUUUGCCAUCGUUCCUUAUUGGGUUGAUGUCGAACCCGGCAGAGAAUUACCGUCAUCCCUAUUCUCAUUUCAUGAAAUUUUACCAACCGCACAAAUUGAUAAGAAGGAGCUACAAAAUCACAUGAAUCUUGGGGAAGCGAAGAAAAGUGUCGAAUCACUUGCAACUUACCUGGAUGGUGAUUUGACGUGCAAAUUCUUCCAUCUCAAGCGAAUUACCAACAUCAAAAAAGUCAAAAAAGUUAUUCGUAAGGAUUUUGUUAAUAUUGGUGGUGGAUUCACAAUGAUUACUCGCGCUGUCGGCCACAUCAUAAAAUUUGAGCAUAUUGAACCGGACGUGCUCAUCGACUUCCGCGAGAUUUCUUUCGUAUUGCGCACAGACAACCCGAUCGAAUUUAAAAUGGAUUUUCGUAUUGCCAUUGAAUAUCGCAUGGGACGAGUUCUUGAUUUUGUCGAAGAAGUGAGCGGAUCAUGUGCAUCAUUUCACCAAUUCGCAGAUAUGAUGCGCGAUUUCUACUUCCAUCCACGCUUCAUCCUCAAUCGUUUGAAGGCUCGACAGUAUACAAUUGAGAGAAGCACAUUCCGAGUGUCGUCAUUGGCAGAAAAUACCGAAAGAUUUAGCAAACUUGCCUACCAAAUUAUUGAUUUCUUCCGUCUUGAAGAAAUUCUUGAAAAUCUCGAAGGCAUGAGAAAUUAUAUGAAAAACGUGGUGCUUAAUGAGCACAAUGUAAAUUUUGAUAAAACAAUCGAUAAGCUUCACCGCAAGCUUUUAGAGAGCGAACCAUACACGACGAUGAAUUUUUCUUUGGAAGAGGUGAUCAUUGACAAUAGGAUUAAAUUUACUAUCGCAAUGGAAAACGCUAUUAAAGCAUUCGACUUGGCCAAAUCGAACUUUCGUCAUUUCUUCGAUAUUUGCGAUUAA